AUGGACGAUUCGUGGAGCCUUGACAAGCUGAGUGUGGUGGUGCAGUGCAAAGCAUCGCAGCAGUAUGUAAAACUCCACUACGUUGAUAGGGAUCGUAAAGUGGAUUUUUGGACGUUAUUUACCCUAACUUUAGUAGGUCGCGCGGGGCGCCAGAUUCCUGGCUAUCACGUCGAAGGAGGCGGUGGCGGUGAUAGUGGCGAGCAGGCGCGGCAUCGAUGCAUCAUCCUGCUGUCACCAUCCAGUGUUGUGACUGGGAACUAG